GAUGAAUAUCCAUCCGGGAACCCAUAGAGCGGGAGGGCGAAGGUUACCAACAAUAUGGCUGAAGACAUGCAGAAGGGAUAAUAGUGUUGUUGCUUAUCUGCAAAAUAGAGAAGGAUGUUGCUGAUUUUAUUAACACUUCACCAUCCUUUCACAAAUUAAAAAAAAACAUGACGGACUACAGAUGGACCACAGCGAUGUUUGAACAAGAAAGAACUUGCCUUUAGUUUUUAAAACAACUAGGAAUUAAGGAUUUAAUGCAACUGAAGAAAAACACCGCAGUUUGAGAGGGUUUCAGUGAAUUAAUUGAAAAGCAGGAUGAACCGCAAGAAAGACAAGGGCUUUGAGAGCCCACGACCAUAUAAACUGACCCAUCAGGUUGUCUGCAUCAACAACAUAAAUUUUCAGAGGAAGUCUGUCAUUGGUUAUGUGGAGCUGACUAUCUUUCCAACAGUGAUGAACCUGAACCGUAUUAAAUUGAACAGCAAACAGUGCCGUAUCUACAGGGUGAGAGUGAAUGAUCUUGAAGCUCCAUUCAUUUACAAUGACCCUACGCUUGAGGUCUGCCAUCAUGAAUCCAAACAGAGGAACCUGAACUAUUUCUCCAGUGCUUACACAGCAGCAGUUAGUGCUGUGGAUCCAGAUGCUGGGAAUGGGGAGCUUUCCAUUAAAGUUCCUUCUGAGCUCUGGAAACAGGGAGAUGAGAUGAAAGUUAUGAAGGUUUACAUUGAAUUCUCAUUGGAUCAACCGAAAGGAGGGUUGCAUUUUGUAGUACCUGAUGUGGAAGGAAGUAUGGCAGAAAGAGCGGCCCAUGUUUUCUCCUUCGGCAACCAGAAUUCCACACGGUUCUGGUUUCCAUGUGUAGACUCAUACUCUGAGCUGUGCACAUGGAAGCUGGAGUUUACAGUGGAUGCCUCCAUGGUGGCAGUGUCCUGUGGGGACCUAGUGGAGACAGUCUACACCCACGAUAUGCGCAAGAAGACCUACCACUACAUGCUGCCCAUCCCCACUGCAGCCCCUAACAUUUCCCUGGCUGUGGGGCCCUUCGAGAUUCUGGUAGACCCCUACAUGCAUGAGGUGUGUGUGUGAGGAAAUCUAAUGUCAUUUUUUGUUUUGAAUGUCAUCCAUAGUUUAGAAAUUUGGAGAAGUUGAUAAAGACAAUGUGACUGUAGCAGGGUGCUUAGCACAGGCCAUUAAAAAGUAUUAAAAGGAAUUUGAGGAAAAUCUAUUUGCUGUAAAUUAAGGUUAUUAAGUAUUACAAAAUCAAAUUACAUUUAAUGUAGGUAUUUAUUUAUUUAUUUUUUGUCUGAACAUUUCCAUCCUUAGGUCUAGGGUUGUACAAUUAAUCAAAAUAAAAAUGGAAUCGUGGUUAUUGAAUUACAAAAGUCUGUGAUUCAACUUAUUAAAUAUAAUGUGGUUGUGCGUUUAAAAACCCUCAUCAUUUACUGGGGCUCGGUUUGCAGUAAAUGCCACUACACAGAACUCUAUCACUGCCUGCACUGCGUGUUUGGGUUGCGACAGAUUUACUUUUUGGCUGGUAAUUUCAAAGAUUUUUUUGGGCAGAAGAUUACAGCAUUUUACCUGGGUCUUGUUCUUUGUACAUGGAUUACUAAAUUAGCUGGAUUUCAUUGCUGACAAUUUGACACGAUCCAGGUUUGUUAGGUUCUUAGAAGCUUAUCCCGGAGUUGCUGUCAUAGCAACAGAUCUGUAAACUCAAACCUGCUCUGGAGCAGGCUUAUUUCAUGUAAACAGGAUUAGAUUCCAUCUUUUUAAAGUCUGUCCCAGCCCACUGCUACUUUCUUGCAAUUGUACCCUAUUGAACCAGGGACAAUAAUAAUUUAAAAUAAUAAAAUAAAUUAAAACGAUUUAAAAAUAACUUUGCAAAUAAUAUUAUAAUGUGUAAUCUAUCAUAAUAUAUAGACACAGUUUUACUGUUUUACUUUACACGGUUUUACUUGAGAGAUUUAUUUGUGAGGGAAUAAUUACCUAAAUAAAGCUGCAAGCAGUGAUCGCAGACCCAAGCCCCGUCGGCACUGUCACUGCAUGACAGGCGAUAUGCAUAUAAAAUGGGUGAAUGUAAAAGGAAUGUCACAUUUACUGGAGUCAGCUGGUGCCCCUAUGACUGUGAACCAAAACAGCCACAUCCAUGAGAUCAUUUAAAUUUAGAUGAAUUAUCAUGUCAUUGGAUGUUAUAGGUCACUUUAUGAGUGCAAAGUUAUACUUUGAAGCUCAAAAUUUUAUAUUUCCAGUAUAUUUAUGUCAAGGUUUUUUAUAUUUUCAUUUACUGAUUUAAUUAUUAACCUACCCAGUUAAUUUAAUUAUUAAACUAUAUUGUCAGUGCCCUACAAAUUAACUGGUUCUGUGGCUUUAUUUUGUUAUUCAAAUGUGUAUAGAAAAAGUCAAGUCCUAAGGGAUUUCUUAUCCUUUAAUGCAGG